AGCAGCUGGACCAGCAGCACUCGUUGUAGGUCAUUGUAGGCAUUGCAGGUUCAUUACCUGUUCGUUACUUACCGUACGGUAAUGAUCAUUAAUCCCAGUCCGAGCUCUCAGUGAUGCGUGAGCAGUGACAGUGGCAUUGUGCCAAUUUAUAUAUCAGCUUAUAAAAGAAAUUUGUUGAUAUUGUUUUUAUUGUCUUGAAGGAAUAACGCAGUUAAAGUUUUUAGCUAGAGUAUUGGAUAUAACAAUGAACUUUGUAAUGUACUCUGCAUCAUAAAUUCUUAUGAAAAAUUACUUGUCUACUUACACAACUGUUAUAAAAGUAUUAUCUUUUGUGAAUCAUGGAAGAAGAAAAGCUUUUAAAGAGGAAGAAGAGAGCUCAAGAAGAACAAAAUUUGGAGCUUUUAGCUAAUACAUUGAAGAAGUUAGCCGAAUUAUAUUAUUCAAAGGGGCAAUAUGAAGAAGCUUUGAAUGCAUACGAGGAAGAAAGAGACUUAUGGUCAAACUUAGGAAAACCUAUGGAAAAAGCAAGAGCAAGUCGUUUUAUGGGAGAAAUUUAUUGUCAUCUGGAAAACUAUAAAGAUGCCCUUUCAAAGUUAAAAGAGUAUCUUUUAAUUGCAACAGAAGAAAAGGACUUGAUUGAAGAACAGCGAGCUCUUGCAACGAUUGGUAGAACUUUCUUUUGUAAGGCUGAGAGUGUCUCCAAGUCAAAUGAAAUUGAAUACAAGAGGGCAUUAAGAGAAGCCAAACAAGCUUAUAUUAUGAGUUUAAAAGUUUGUGACAAAUUAACUAAUGUUAACCGUCAUGAAUUGCUGCAGAUGAGAGGUCGUUUGUUAUUGAAUAUUGGUUUGGUAUUUGAAUGUCAAGGUGAUUUUGAAAAGGCUGUGGAACAUAUACAAAUGGCUAUUUCAAUCAACGUAAAGGCAGAUCUGUAUGAUGACACUCAACAAUGCUACACAUCACAAGCUGCACUAUAUCAGAAACAGGGGAAUACUGUUUUGGCCUUGAAGUAUUAUGAUCUUGCUUUGGAAGUUCAGGAGCGUUUACCAAACAAAAUACAGUUAAUGUGUGAAACUCUAGGCAAUAAAGCGGACGUAUAUUUCAGUGUAGCUAACUAUAAAGCUGCUAAACAAUCUUUAAUUAGAGCAUAUAGAUUGUGUAGAGUUUGUGCAAAUGUAAUUUUCAAAAUUUUACAGUGCCUUGAACAACUUGGUUGCUAUGGAAAAGAUCUACUUCCAGCAAUAGUUUCAUUGUCUCAGACUUACAAAGAUGCUGGAAGAUAUGAAGAAUCAUUGGAAUUCUUUCGAAAAGAGCUGGACAUUUGGGAGGAUAAUUCUGAAGAGGCUUGUAAAACAUCUCUGAACAUUGUUCGCUUGUUGGAACUGAAGAAGGCAGGAUACAGUGAAAUUAUGGAAAAUUUACAGAAAUCACAUGAUUAUGCAAUAAUUGCUAAUAAUGAGGAACUUGAAAUAAAAGUCUUGUGUCGUAUGCUGAAAAUACAAGAGAAAAAUGGGUUUGCAGAGGAAGCUAAUGAAACAAGAAAUAAAAUUGAUGCAAUAAAACCAGAUGUAUCACCUCAUGGAAGCUCGUAUGAUUCAUCUGAUGAUGAAGUAGAAGUUGAAACUCCUGAGCUAGUCAACAACACAUCUCUAUCUGAAAUUUUAGAGGAGGAACUAGAACCAAACAGCACUGAGACAUCUCGACCAAGACAGGUGAAAAAACAAAAGCCAAGUUUGAAGGUGCGCAGGAAUGAAAAAGGAGAAACUCCGCUUCAUACUGCUUGCAUCCAUGGCUGCGCCAAUCAAGUCCAGCGGUUGCUUGAUUUUAAACAUCCAGUAAAUGUCACCGACAAUGCAGGCUGGACUCCUUUGCACGAGGUUUGUAACCAUGGUCAUGUGGAACUGGUGAAUCUUCUGCUUGAUAAUGGUGCAAAUAUUAAUGAUCCAGGAGGAUAUGGCAGUGAAGGGGUAACCCCAUUACAUGAUGCUUGUUCUAAUGGACAUUUAGAAAUUGUGCAAAUUCUUUUGGAUCGUGGGGCAUCCACUGAUGUUAGGACAAAUGAUAAUAAAACACCAUUAGAUUUCUUAUUGGAAUGGGCCUCAAGAACAGGUACUUUAUCUCAAGACCAAACCAGUCUUUUUGAAACUAUAAAAGAGAAACUUCAAAGAGACUUAGAGAAAGCUGGUGUGAGUACAAAAACUGUAAAAGUCCCUCUGAUGGAGCAUAGUGUUCAGAAGACAAACAUUUCUGAGAAAAACAAACUAAAACAAAAGAGUUCUGAAAGCAGAGUGGAAACUGGAAAAAGAUACUGGUCAGAUUCCAGUUCAGAGAGUGAAGACUACAACAGUGAUAGAGAGCUGACAAAAGAACAUACAGAUGAUGAGAAAACUUUGAGUGAUUAUGCGAAUAAUGAUAGCAAUAGUGGGAGUCUUGUAUUCAGUCCAGCAUUAGUAGAUGAAGAUCCAGCUUUAGAGUAUCAAAAAGUAAUGAAAGGGCUACGCAAAAGAGUAGUUCAAAAACAUCCUACAAAGUUGAGUAAAACUGCAAAAAGUGGAGCCUUAAUUGGUGAUUCAGAUGUGGUUAAUGACUGGUUAAUUGAUGAUUUGAAAGAUCAGACAAGGCCAAACAAAAAAAGGAAAACAAGAGAUGCAGAUAUGGGAGGGUCUAAAUUAAUUGCUACAUUGAGGAAAGACGUAGUGAUUGAAGAGAACAUGCAUAAACAUUUUGAAACAGAUUUUAUGGAAAUUGAAGAGUUGCCUUCUGAUAAUGAAGAAACGACUCAACAAUUUAAGAAAUCUUCUAGUGAUAAGAAAUCAUCUUAUCAAAAUUCGUUCCUGAACUCUGGGAAUUUUUGUGCAUCGGAUAUGUCUGGACGGCACAAUGCUCUUUCUCAUAGUGUAGUAGAAAGUGAUGCUUAUAUAAAUGUGAAAAUAAGAAUAGAAGAAACAUCUCUUCUUGUGCCUAUAUGUCGUGAACCAGUGGAGCCGUUAACUAUUGACUGGCUCACAAAAGAAGCUGCUAGUCGUUUCUUAAAGUUUCAUGGGAGAGAGCCAUUAUUAGUACUUGAGACAAGUGAUGGUGCUAAACUGGCUGCUGAUGAUCCAAUUGCUGUCAUAAAUGAGAGAGAACUUAUAGGUAAAAUUAUUGAAUGGAAAACAGUUUCUCUAAGACAGCGAUAUGAGGCUGCUUGCAGUGAUACUCACUCUGUACAGGACAAGCUAAUUAAAAAUCGCUUACAGGAGUGUGAUAACACUCACUGUCUUGAUCUAAAUGAUUGUAUUUUUGAUUUGAAUUGUUUGAAGCCUCUAAUUCAAUCAAUACGUCAUGAGAAUUCCUUGAGAGAACUUUUAUUAGGGAGCAAUGCCUUAAUGGAUGAAGGAAUUAAGAUAUUUUCUACAAUGGAAGGUCUACCCGUAUUAGAAGUUUUAAAUUUAAAAUGUAAUAAUAUAACCUCAAUUGGACUUACUUCCUUGGUGAAUUUUCUGAUCCACUGUCAGUCAUUGAAAAUUCUCGACUUGAGCUUCAAUGAUUUUGACAGUGGGUGGCUGAAAAGCAUUCAUAGAAUUUCUAAAUAUUUGGACAACCUCAUUUCCCUUAAUUUAAAAGCUUGUGAUAUGAGUGGGAAUGAGUUCCUUUCAUGGAAAGAAAAUGAACCUGCUCUAAAUAAUUUAAAAAACCUAGAAGAGCUGGAUGUAAGUGACAAUCCGCUAGGAGAAGUUGGAAUAAAUGGCUUUUUGUGUAAUUUGAAAGCCAAUAAAAUCAGAAAAUUGUGUGUAUCUAAAACUGCUUCUGGUAAAUCAAAGGGUGUGACCAAGAUUGUACAAUUUUUCCAAAAAGAUGAACCUUUAAAUCUAAGAUUUCUGGAUCUGGCAGACUGUGAUAUCAAUGACAAGGAACUGAUGGAGAUCAUAAGGUGCUUAAGAAAUUCGGAAAGUCUAAGAACAUUGUUAUUAUGUAACAAUGCAGAUUUAAAAACAUCCUCACUUGAUGCAUUAAUGAGUAUGCAGAACAUGCCCCGAGAAUUGGACUUAUGUGGUUGUGAUUCUCUCUAUCCUGAAGUUGUUGAUGACAGUAAUGAUCUCUUGGUAAACAAUGAGGUCCUUCAAAAAUUAAAUUCUCUUACAAUGGACAUUCAUCCAAAAUUAAAAUCUACAAAGCAUUGGAGUGAUAAAUUUGAAGAACGCUGGAAACAAAUUUGGGGUGUUCGUGGAAAGGUGUUGAAAGGACCUUCAGGAAAGCCUCCUGCUUGCCCCACAAGACUUUUCCUUCAAGUAUACUCGCGCGCUAACGAAUCAUCACAAAGUGAAUUUCAGCCCAUUAAUGUGAUCUUCGUAUGUCCUGUUUGAAAUAUAAGAAGAAAAACUUGCCCACAUUUAAUAACAUUAAGCUUUUUUUUCUCCGACAGAUGUCAAUAACGUUUAGAGCAAGUGAGGGCAACACCGUCGCCUCUGGAUGAUGUCUAAUGCUGGGUGCAGGGUACUAAUGAUCAAAAUACGGUACAUGUGUCAAUUAUCUUUUAGUACAUCGAGAUUAUUAUAC